AAGCCGCUGGAGGCUUUAAGCUGGGGCUCAGCGGCGGCUCCGCGCAGAGCGAGCCUUGGGAGCCAGAGCUAUAGCCAAGACAGGUGCGCAGCGGCUACGGCAGCGGCGGCGGUAUGACCGGCCACCACGGCUGGGGCUACGGCCAGGAGGACGGUCCCUCUGAAUGGCACAAGUUAUACCCCAUUGCCCAAGGGGACCGCCAGUCUCCCAUCGACAUUGUCUCCAGUCGGGCUGUCUAUGACCCUACUUUGAAGCCCCUGGUCCUGGCCUAUGAGUCCUGCAUGUCGCUAAGCAUCUCCAAUAAUGGACAUUCUGUCAUGGUGGAAUUUGAUGAUGUGGAUGACAGGACAGUGGUGCAUGGGGGCCCUCUGGAUGGACCCUACCGGCUGAAGCAGUUCCAUUUUCACUGGGGGAAAAAGCACAGCUUAGGUUCAGAACACACAGUGGAUGGGAAGUCCUUCUCCAGUGAGCUCCAUUUGGUCCACUGGAAUGGAAAAAAAUACAAGACCUUCACAGAAGCAGCUGCAGCCCCAGAUGGCCUGGCUGUGGUUGGCAUCUUCCUGGAGACUGGAGAUGAACAUGCCAGCAUGAACAGACUGACAGAUGCACUGUACAUGGUCAGAUUCAAAGGAACCAAAGCCCAGUUCAACAGCUUCAAUCCCAAAUGCCUUCUACCAGUGAACCUCCACUACUGGACCUACCCGGGGUCACUGACCACACCGCCCCUGAGUGAGAGUGUGACUUGGAUAGUGCUUAAAGAGCCCAUCACAAUUUCAGAGAAACAGAUGGAAAAAUUCCGGAGCCUCCUUUUUACUGCAGAGGAUGAUGAGAAGGUCCGCAUGGUGAACAAUUUCCGGCCCCCUCAGCCACUGAAGGGAAGAGUAGUUCAGGCCUCUUUCAAGUCCUGAAGGGGUCAUGCUGUCAACAGUAACAGCAAUGAUGUCCAAAGUGCUUCCAUAUCAGCUAAGACCAAACCAGGUGUGCGGCCCCUUUGGUCAUGGACUGACUUCUCAGAGCCAUUUAGGGGUUGGGGCCAGAGUAGAAGAGGGAAUGGCCAUUAUUAUUAGCCAAUAAUGGCUACAUUAUUAGUUCCCUCCAGUCCAUUUCUAAGUUACUUUGGGAGUCUUUCUUACCAAAGCAAUCACCUGAUUUAAAUGCUAAGAAACCCCCUACCCCCACCACUCUGCUAUUCCAUAAUCCUUUGACAGCUUUGAAACUGGCCAGGCUUUUAAAAAAUCCAAGGCUGGGGGAGAUUUUAAAAUCUACCUGGGCUAGAGCCACCAGGAGAGGCAAGAAAUAGGAGUGUGAGAGGGUGACUUCUUAGUUCCUGAUUAAUGGAGAAGGGAGGUUGAUAUUAGUAACUGCCAGGAAUGACUCUGGGGGUUUGACCUGCCUGCUUCUUCCUAGGGGUACGUUUUCCCAUCUGUACUCCUUCCCCUGGAAAGAAUCACUUUGCUCUUCCCCUCCAGCAGCUCUGCCCCUCUUGAACCCU